AUGGCAGAACCAGGACCCCAAAAGCCGAUCACAUACAAAUACAACCACCAGACUUUCGACGCGCCACAGUACGCAGCUAAGCUCCGCGAAGCCAAGCGCAGCAUCAAAAAAGCCGCAGCGUACUGGUCCAUCUUCGACGUGUUGCUCGUAAACAGCGUUGUGAACCUCGUCUGCACCGUUUGCAACAAGUCCUACAGCGCGAAGAACCCGUCAGCUGUCUGCCCGGAUCACUAUGCGAAGCACCAGAAGGACGUAGUGUGUGUUCGGAAGGCCUGUGAGGCGUGUGCCCUCAUGCGAGUGCCCCCACCCCAGGCUGGGGGCAAGGACAACUGA